UCAUAACAACAGGGAAGAUGCUGGGGAUGUCACCUCUCAUGGUGGUUCACUAUCGACCAUAAUCAAUCUAUUAUACAGAUAGCACAGACAAUGAGAAUUAGUGACAACAAUGCACUGUGCGUGUGUCAGAGAGAGAAUUUCCUAAACUGUGUGCGGCUACAAUGUAUCAAUUGUGGUUGACAAGGCCCAAUAUAACCUUCGUAGUUAUAUUAAUGUUACAUAUGAUUAGUGUUAUAUAUUAUUUACAGUUACGUGUGAGAAAGUUAUGUAUUCACACCAUUCCAUCAUAUUAUCACAUGACUCAAAGCAGAGGAACAGCAGUGGUUGACAAAAACAAACAUUUCUCUUUCUAGCUAUUGCCACAAACGAAAACGUUUUCUAGUAGUUCUGUGGCAACUGUGUUUUAUAUUUCCAUACUCAGGUCUGUGCGCACGCAAUUUGAGGGUCGCAAUCGCCAUUUAUUUUCAAGAAAGGGGUGCUGUGUUUUUGAAGAGGGGAAAGAAAGAAAGGAGAGUGAACGAAACCCGACGAGACAGAGCAAAGGGGGGGAUUGAGAGUCGGAACAGAAGAAGCUAUCCACACGGCGACCGGAGUGGACCGAGGCCCGAACCAGGUGUUAAUAUCCCGCUUACAGGAAGGAGGGAGACGGCAGAGCCAUGGCGAAUAUAGCGGUCCAAAGGAUCAAACGGGAGUUCAAAGAAGUUCUGAAAAGCGAAGAGACAAGUAAAAACCAGAUCAAGGUGGAUCUGGUCGAUGAAAACUUCACAGAGCUGAGAGGAGAGAUAGCAGGACCACCCGACACGCCGUACGAAGGUGGCAGAUUUCAACUGGAAAUCAAAAUCCCAGAAACGUAUCCCUUUAACCCUCCCAAGGUGAGGUUCAUCACUAAGAUCUGGCACCCUAACAUCAGCUCAGUAACAGGAGCCAUCUGUCUGGACAUCCUCAAAGACCAGUGGGCAGCAGCGAUGACCCUGAGGACGGUACUGUUGUCCCUCCAGGCUCUUCUGGCAGCAGCUGAACCAGACGACCCGCAGGAUGCAGUAGUGGCCAACCAGUAUAAGCAGAACCCAGAGAUGUUUACGCAGACAGCCCGGUUAUGGGGUCAUUACUACGGUGGAGCCCCUGUACCUGGUCCAGAAUACACAAGGAAGAUAGACAAACUCACUGCCAUGGGCUUCGAUAAGAAUGCUGUAAUAGCGGCCUUGUCUUCUAAAUCCUGGGACGUGGAGACGGCAACAGAACUACUUCUUAACAACUGAGACCCAGCAAGAAACCCCUCGGACCUCAUCUCCCUUCUCCUUGUGGUGCCCUCCGAUGCCUUUUACCCACACCCCAAACUGAGCCUUUUUCCUAGGGGAGAUGUCGUACAGUUUCACCCCCCGCCUCCCCCCCCCCGUCCAGUCCAAUACACUACCUAGUAUCUUUUCAACUCACCCCUCUUCUCUCCCUCAAUAUAUUCCUGGGCCCAAACAAUCCCUUUAUUUUGCUGCUUCUCAUCUGUUCUGAUCCAUCUCCCCUCUCACGCUCUGCUUUCCCAGACCAAUCCUGUGUACAUAGUCUCUUUUCUCGACAAGGAAGAUACUCCUCUUCAUCAGCAGAGCAAACCACCGACGUCUGGAAUCUAUAUUUUGUAAGAAAAAGGACACAAAAAGACUUCCCCCCCUCUUUUCGCUGUUACGCCUCAAGUAUUGCACGAUGAUGACCGUGAAGCAGAAGAAAGUCCCCUACUCUGUCGUGCAGUGCUUACUACCCCCACAGGGUUCUGGUCAAAAGUAGUGCACUAUAAAGGGGAUAGGGUGCCAUUAUUUUAAAAACGCAGCCAGAGUUGUUGCAUCUCUGGAGUUAUCAGUUUUUGAUUUUGUUUUCUGAAGGAAGCAGCCCGUCGGACCUGGGUUCAGAUACUAUUUGAAAUCUUUCAGCGUUUGCUCUGGAGUGCCAGCUGGGUUAAGGUUGAGAGUAUUUCAUUGGCUCGUGAAGCCAGGCAAGCUCAAUCUAACACAGAUAAAGGGUUUGAAAUGAUAUUUUAACCCGGGUGUGGCCGGCGUACAAUCGCAUGAUUAUUUAUUGUGAAUGUCACGUUACUUUGAUUAAAAAAAACAACAACCUGGAAAAUCGAAA